AUGGGGCUCAGCGACAUGAAGUUCACCCCUUACACCUCGGCCAUGGGCCUGAGUGGCCUGCGUCUGCAGUUUGCCAUCGCCACGAUUGCCACCUGCGCCUUUUGGCUCUUUGGUUACGACAUGUCCAUCAUGGGAGGGCUCAUCACAGAAGAGCCGUUCCUGUCCGUCUUUCCGGAGACCAAGGACGCAACCAUCCAGGGCAUUGUCAUAGCCACGCUCGAACUUGGCGCCCUCUUUGGCGCCAUCCUCUGUAUGUUCUACGGUGACAGAUGGGGAAGGAGAGGCACCGUCUUCGUGGGGAUGUUGUUCAUGUUGGUCGGCGGCAUACUACAGGCGUCGGCAUGGCAUAUUGCGCAAAUGGUGGUCGGGCGCUUCUUGUCGGGCGUCGGCUUGGGCCUGCAAGUCGCGACCAUCCCCGCGUGGCAGUCUGAGUGCGCCAAACCAAAGUCUCGAGGUCGAUGGGUCAUGAUCGAAGGUGGUCUCCAGACCUCUGGCGUCGCUUGCGGCCAGUGGGUCGGUCUCGGGUUCUUCUACACCAGCGGCCAGGUACAAUGGCGUGCCCCUGUCGCCCUCCAGCUGGUUCCGGCUGCGAUCGUCUUCUUCUUCAUCAUGUUCCUCCCUGAAAGUCCUCGCUGGCUAGUCUCUCACGGUCGUUUCUCUGAAGGCAAAGAGGUCCUCUCCAAACUCCGCAACUUGGACGAGUCGCACCCGGACCUCGUUGCAGAGUUUGCCGGCAUCAUGGCCAGCCACGAGGCUCAAAAGGCCGAAGCCCCCUUCGCUUACAAGGAACUCUUGCAAAACGGCAAGACCCAGACCUUCCGCCGCAUGCUGCUGGGGGUGUUCGUCAACGCCGCCCAGCAGCUCUCCGGCAUCAACAUGGUCUCCACCUACGCCAACCAGAUCCUCUCGACCAGUUUCGACCUGAGUCCGGGCACGUCCCACCUCAUUGCGGCUUGCGGCGGUACCGAAUACGCUCUCUGCUCUCUCCUCGCCGUGUUCCUGAUUGAAGGUCUGGGACGCCGCAAAGCUUUCAUGUGGACCGCGACCGGCAUGGCGGCUUGCUUUGUCGUCAUCCCGAUCCUGCUGUCGACCAGCUCCCGAUCGAACCAACUGGCUGGCGCUGGUCUCCUUUUCCUCUUCAACACCUUUUUCGGUCUCGCCUGGGUCGGCGGUCCGUUUCUGUACGCCGCAGAGAUCGCACCCCUCCGGGCCCGGGCGCCGUCGGCCGCGCUGGGUUCGGUCAGCAACUGGACCUGCUGCUUCCUGGUGGUCAUGACCAUCCCGGCGUCGUUCGCGAACCUCGGCUGGAGGACGUACAUCUACUACGCCGUCUUCAACGCCGUCUUCGUCCCCGUCAUCUACUUCUUCCUGGUCGAGACCAAGGGCCGGUCGCUCGAGGAGCUGGACGUCAUCUUCGCGACCCCCGGCGACCCGGUCAAGAACGAGAAACGUCUCCCCCACGACAUCUCCGUCCGGGACGCGAAGGUGGCGCUGGGCCUGGAGGACCACGCCCUCGCCCUCGGCGACCUCGACGACGACGCCGCCGUCGCGAGAUCGGACAAGGAGAUCGAGGAGGUCGCACAGGUACACACGGUGGAGAAGAGGGCCUACUGA